UCAAAAAUGGGAAGAGUCCCUCUGGGAGAAGCACCAGAGCCUGACUCAGAUGCUGAGGUUGCAGGGGCUGCAAAGCCACAUCUUUCAGAAGUCACCACGGAGGGGUACCCCUCGGAGCCCCUCGGGGGCCUGGAGCAGAAGGCAACCUCUUCCCUUGUGUCUUAUGUGCGCACAUCUGUCUUCCUGCUAACGUUGGUGAUCUCAAUGAUCCUGGUGCUCCUCUGUGCUUUCCUGAUCCCCUGUCCCCCCAGAGACCUGCACAGCACUUGGAGCCGCCACUUGGGCUCUCAAGCAGGUAGGGACCCUGUCUCCCUGGAAUUGGCUGAUGUGAAUGGAGAUGGCCUGCGGGAUGUGCUUCUCUCCUUUGUGACGUCGAGGAUGGGAGUGCAGCAGGUCAACUGCUAAUCUGUGUGCCUUUCGGGAAUGAAUGGCAGCACACUGUCUAGUCCCCUCCCAGAGGAGGCCCAAGAUAUCACAUGUUUGGAUCUGAUACCAGGAAAUGUGGCUGAAAUCAUCUGCCUUGUGACAGGGACGCAUAAGAUGCUCAGCGCAUUCAAUGCAACGUCAGGAAAAGCCAUCUGGACUUUAAACGCAAACUACCUGUCCAACGGUACCUUGGCUGCCCCCGUGGUGGUGCUGCCUGACUUGGAUGAGGAUGGUGUCAGAGACCUAGUAGUUCUGGCCAUUGGGGAGAUGCAGCCAGAUCUAUGCUUUCUGCUGGUGUCUGGCUGGACGGGGAGUCCAGUGGGCCGACCUGUGAAGUACAACAUCAUGGGAGUGGGGAAUCUGAUUGGGCCUCAGGUUUACAUCACUGCAAAUGGAGCUGUCUACAUCCUGUUUGGCUUUGGAAAUAUACAAGCUGUCGCCCUGCGGGACAUUUUUGUUCAGGCCCAAAAUCGAGACAGCUCACCACCUUCUCUGCAGAUAGAAGAGCCAGAAUGGGAAAAGAGAAGAUCCAUCAACUUGUCUGAGCUCAUUGACGUGUACAGUGAUGGUGUUGAGCUACUCCAGAUGGUGAAGGCACCAGAUUCCAACUGCAGCAAUCUCCUGGUUACAACCAGACAAGGCCUGGUUCUGCUUCGGGGGCAAAAUCUUACACCCUAUUGGACACUGAGCCUUCAAGGCAUACGUAGCCAGCCUACUCCUGGAUAUUUCACUGAUGAUCAGACAUUAGACUUCCUUCUGCAGAUACAGGAUGGACUUGGGAUGAAAAAGAUGAUGGUGGUGGAUGGUGACUCUGGCUCCAUCGCUUGGAGUUACAGUGCUCCGUGUCACAUGAAAGAAGCACCGACCACCUCGGCAGUGACUUCAGAUCAGAAGUCUGUCUUCCUCUUCUGGGCUGAAGGACUGUCACCUGCUUAUCCCAAUUCUGAUGCUGGAGUGGGAGCUGAGCCACCCAGCCUCCACCACCUUUACCUCCUGCACCCAGCCUUCCCCUCCAUCUUCCUGGACCUGGCCAACACCUCAGGCACAGUGACAGCCUCAGAGGUUGGAAUCAACGACCUUUGGAAAGAUGCCUUUUAUGUCACCAGGACAACAGGGCCAAGCUCUGAAGGGCAUCCAGCACCCCUGGUGGUCAGCAAGCUUAGUCUACGGUGGGCAUUGAUGGAGGGCCAAAUGGUCCAACUGAAGGAGACCACCCCCAAAAUUGGCCGUGGGGAGCUGCGAAGAUUCCUUUCUAGGAUUAAAUUUGUUGAUUCUCCCUACCAGAUCUAGUCUGAUGAAAUAAAUCUUCAGUUUCAGAAGAGGUAAACAGAAUGGGUCCCUUCCAUCAGUAUAAAAGCAGUUCUUUGGAGAGAUGACUACUUUGGCCUCAUUUUCACACUUGUCUGUGAUCCUUGCACUUUGGAAGGCCUGUUGGAGCUCUUUGAUAACAGCAUGAUCGGCUUGGCUGGGGGUAUCUUACACCUUUCCAAUCCCUGCAUUAAUCCCCUCUAGGAACUCGGUGUGGAGAGUUUGGAAAUGUGAAUCUUAUAGGUGUAUUAUUAUUUUGUAUGUCUAAUUUAUAAACUCUUGCUGGGAAUCCAGUGAAGACUAUGGCUAGGAAAUAUUUUGUUUUACAUUAUGCUGUUUAUAUUUUUUUAGUGUCGUGGUGAUGUUAUUUUCCAGACAUUCCCUAAGAUUCAGGGAUCCUAUUUCCUGUUGUCCUGAUAUACAUCUGGUCUGGUCAUCUUGAGACUUCCAGAUGGCCCACCUCCGAUUUUGAGGAUUAUUCAUCUUUCUCUCCUUCCACUUAUACCAUAGCUACUUCCCAACUAUGGACAGCAAUGACAAGGAUUGGUAGUGGAGGACUAUUAGCCAUGUAGUGUUUUCAUCUAUUCCUUUUCGAGAUUUUCCAUCUAUAUCAGUAAGUGGCCAUAAUAAUUAACAUGUCCCUAUCACAAUGGGAGCAAGAGAAAUACUGUUUCAAUGACCCACCUCUGACCAGGUUCAUAUGUGGUGUUGUAUGGGAUCUCAGUGGCUCUGCCACUUGUGGUUCUUGUUCCUGCAGUAACAUCAGAGGGUAUAUGUGUCUGCUGUCUUCAAUUCAGAACUGGAAGCCAGGUUCUGGGAGGCCUGUGUCCUUGUCCUGCUGCAUUUUCACUCUGUUUUCUUUGCAUCAUCUCCUCAAGGGCAUCCUCCUCCCCUUCCUCCCCUGGUUUCUCUAUUUUAUUCAGGGAUAUGUUUCUGGACUUCCUUUGCUACUCAAGUCCAGUGUGCGACCACUCUGCCCUGCACCUCUCCCUUCCUGUACAGCCUUUGAAGCAUUGUAUUUUGAGAAAAUUCUUAUGUAAAUACUGUAACUUUUGUAAAUGGUUAAGUUCUUUAGAAUUAUCUCCAGUGCUUACUUCCCCCUUUCUUCUAUGUAUAUUUGUUGCCUCUAUAUUUAAAAUUCUCUCCUAAACUUCUAGGUCUUUGAAAUUGUUUGUAUAGCAGAAAAUUCCCUGGUAGCUUAUGGAAAAAUGCUUUUUUUUCUUCAUGAGUAAUUUUGGUAGGUCUACCUUGAAAAUCAGGUUCUCUCCUAGCUUGGGCUUUUUUUCUAGCUUGUGUUAAUAAAGGAGCUCCAGGAAAUUAUGGAUUCCAGAUAAAAGGAUAUCUGUUAAUUGUCCAUGGAUAGGUAUUAUAACUGGAGGUUGGCAGCCAUAAAUCCAAGCAGGCAUGUCAUGUGACCUGCAGUCUGUCUGGCCUAUAGCUUAUCCUCACUAGGUUUCUAGGUACUGCCUUCAGAUCUAGAAAGCUUAUUCAAUUUCAACACUUUGGAAGUAUGUGGGUCCAAAUUGACUCUUUGGGGGAACAAUUAAGAGGAUACCUGGGUAUGGAGAUGACCCUAGAUUCAAAAUUUAAAUCUACUUGAGUAUAAAAGCCUAGGAGUAAUUUGUAGUGAACUGAACUCCAAAAUGGUGGUGGUCCUGUGGCUUGCUGAGCCACCCAACUAACUGUUGUCUACCAUGUUGAGGCUUUCUGAGAAGCUAGCCAGCCAGUGUAGGUAGGAGUCAAAUGCAACUUGUUUAUGGGGAACUUGUUUUGGUGAGAUUGUUUUCAGCAGAGGAUCGUGUUUGUGCAGGGUGAACCUCAGACACAAAUAAGAGGAAAGAACAACAACAUUGCUGAAUUCUCCCUGGUGUUUUGGGAACUAACUUAACUUCUCCUUACUACAAGUUUGAAUCUCUACUUGCUAAACACAAUGGAAGUUCUAGGUUUACUUCCUCUUACAGCUAGUACAGGAGGAUAUUGCUAGUGGCUGAAGUCUGAGGAAGCUUCAUCUGGCCAAAGUGGGUGGUGCUGGUCUCUUGUCAAAUGUAUCCCUAAACUUCCUUCUUGCAGAUAGCCAUCCACUCAGAUCCAAGAUAGGAAGUGCUCCUUUCUCUCCACAAUCCCAACAUGGGGUUGCCACCAAAACCAAUAUGACCACUGUUUAGUAGUAAUGACUUCUGCAAUGCGAGGGUCUUCCCUGCCUCUCAAUCUCCUCUCUUUCCCUUUGCAAACCCUCCUUUCUGCCCUAGACAACAUCCUCACCUUCUUCCAAUGUGUGAUCUGGUAAUACCAACUAACCCAUGAAUGUGAAUUGCUAUCCUUAUUACCCACAUCAAAGAUAAGCCUGCUGAUCCGUUGUCAGAAAGCACUAUUUAAAAUGUGAACUGUUACAGAACAAAUAAAUACUAUGU